AUGGAUCUUGACCACUUAAUAAUUGUCUGCUGCCAUGCCAUCUAUAUUGGAGGGCCUCUGUCUGGGAGCUCGGAGGACGAAUGGAUAAUAGAGCCAUUCCAGAGAGCUGAGACCCCAACCUUCGUAAGCCAUGCCAAAGCUGGGCUCAAUGCUUUGAUGGAGGAUGAUCGGGGAUUGUUGGUAUUUUCUGGGUAUGUGAUGUCCUAUCCGAAUAGGGCCAACGAAAAAAGCGAGAACGGAACUCGGUGA